AUGGCCCCUCCUGUACCCACGGCAACCGAGACUUUCAUCGCCAGUCUGACACAGACGCUGAGAAGGUCAGCCUACCGAUCCGACUCCCGCUGGGUCGUGAGCUCGUACAGUGAGCUCACUGAGCACGAGCAACGCCUUAAGGCUCGGGAGAGAACUGCCGAUGAGUCGACCGUCCUGAUCGGCACGCUUCUGCGCGAUGCCGAAGUAUCCCGCAAGAGAUCAGCCAACGGCGAUGUCCGGCCAGUGGCUCAACACCGACGACAAGGCGCCCCAGUCUACCUCAAGAUCAACAUAAAUUGGCAGCUGGAAAACAUCGUGUUCAUGCUGUGCGACUGCAAGGGUGCCAACUUCGGCCCUCACAUCGACUUCGAAAUGAGGGAAGGAUACCAUCUCGGUCUGGCCAAAGGCCUGUGCACUGCCAACUGGGACGCAUCAGAGAGGCGUCGAAUUGGCGCACAGAACACCCAACAGCAGAAUCUUGGGGGUAGAGAGACGGACGAAGUCAACUUACCAGGGCAGGCAGAUCUUGCAGCAAUCGCCGGUCAGCCCACAACCGCCAUCGACGAUAACGUCGACCUGACCCAGCUCAUCCGCAUCCGCUUCUGCCAGGACCUCUAG